UCAGCUCUGACGUCUGAGUGAAUGGCAUUUUGCCAGAGCCACAUCAGCUGAAACUGACGGCAUGUGGUACCCCGUGGCGUCACCUGCAACUGGAAACAGCCCUGGGAGGGAAACAAGUUACGGUCACAAUUCAACUGGGCCAAUGAGUGCAGGCCACAUUCAUCCUCCUUCUAUGGGCAGCAUGGUGGGCCACCCUUCAGUUAUCAGCACGUCACGGCCCUUACUGUCCCCCAUGUCGGGCCUGGGCUCGCCGAUGAAUGGUCUGGCAUCUCCCUACCCCGUCAUCACAUCAUCUCUGGGAUCACCUUCUGUACCUCUGCAGGCUGCCCCCAACAUGAAUUAUGGACCUCUCAACAGCCCACAGGAAAGCACUACGGCGUGUACAGCUGCGAAGGCUGCAAAGGCUUCUUCAAGCGCACUGUCCGUAAAGAUCUCACCUACACGUGUCGAGACAACAAAGAGUGCCUAAUAGACAAACGCCAGCGGAACCGCUGCCAGUACUGUCGCUAUCAGAAGUGCCUGGCCAUGGGCAUGAAGAGAGAAGCUGUGCAGGAAGAGAGGCAGCGUGGGAAGGAACGUGGGGAGAAUGAGGUGGAAUCUACCAGCAGUUUCAACGAGGAAAUGCCCGUGGACAAAAUCCUGGACGCUGAGCUGGCCGUGGAGCCCAAAACAGAAACCUACAGCGAUGGCAGCCCUGGAAACUCUACCAACGACCCCGUCACCAAUAUCUGCCAAGCAGCCGACAAACAGCUCUUCACCUUGGUGGAGUGGGCCAAAAGGAUUCCUCAUUUCUCUGAACUCCCUCUGGACGACCAGGUCAUCCUACUACGAGCAGGGUGGAACGAGCUGCUCAUCGCCUCUUUCUCGCAUCGCUCCGUCACYGUUAAAGACGGCAUCCUGUUGGCUACGGGUCUUCACGUCCACAGAAGCAGCGCCCAUAGUGCUGGAGUGGGGUCCAUCUUUGACAGGGUUCUGACAGAAUUGGUGUCUAAAAUGAAAGACAUGCAGAUGGAUAAAACAGAACUUGGCUGCCUACGGGCCAUAGUCCUCUUCAACCCAGAUGCAAAAGGUUUGUCGAACCCAUCAGAGGUAGAGGCACUGAGAGAAAAAGUCUACGCUUCGCUGGAYUCGUAUACUAAACAAAAGUACCCAGACCAGCCUGGCAGGUUUGCCAAACUGCUGCUCCGCCUCCCGGCUCUGCGCUCCAUCGGCCUCAAGUGUCUGGAGCAUCUGUUCUUCUUCAAGCUGAUCGGGGACACGCCCAUCGACACCUUCCUGAUGGAGAUGCUGGAGGCYCCGCAUCAGAUCACAUGACACGCAGUUGCCCCUCCCCCACCCCCAUGUAUAUACACCCCCCCUCCACACUGUGAGCGUCAUGGAGACCAACUAAAGAGACUUGAUUGAAAUUGUAAAAGAACAUAUUUUUACCAAGAGCAACAGAAUAUUUGAAAAUAGAAAGUAAUAUUUUGUGGUUGUGGGGAGCGUUGCACUGUCCAAGCAAAUUAUGCUAAAGUUCUUAACAGAUUUUGUAAAUAGAUAAUUUUCUGGUAAUUGUUUUUAAAAGCAACCCGUUGUAAAUGAAAGAGGAAUCAUGAGAAAAAAAAACAAAAUACAAUAAAACAAAACAAAAAACAUCCCUGCAUUUCAUAAAAAAUACA